AUAUGUUUAGAUAUUUAUGUUAACUUUGAAAAUAAUCCUGUACUUGAAAUAAAGUAAUAAAAAUUAGAUUUGUUGGGUUAAAAAAUGAAAUAAACAUUUGUAAGCGGCUGCGCAUAUCGUAUGGUAUGCAAGUACACGAAAAAUGUUUGAUGGUGUCAGUAGUUUGAAUUUAAGUUGUAUUAGUGAAAGGCAAAAGUAUCAGCAUCAACGUCGAGUUCAAAGAGAUGGAAUGAAUAAAACGAAAAAUAAAUUUUAAUGUGUGAUUAUAUCUAGUAUUGCGGCACCUCCCCAUAGCCCUGUAAAAAUUAUUUUGGUUUAACUCAAAACUUUUCGAUAAAAAAUUAAGUAUCGGCAAUUAGAAAAGCAGAAUAAAAUAUAUAUUAAUAGCACUACCGCGACAAGACGCAUGAAUUUUAUUAACGUCUGAGUGACAGGACAGCCGAACACCAAACUUGAAAAAUCGACGGCCAUUCGUGAUCAAGUGUUGACACUCGACACAUUUCUUAUCAUGUACAUACAUUCAAUACGAUGUUAGUGUCUGUAUUUCAUGUGUGAUCUACUAUAGGUGUUUUUUUUAUGGAUAUAGUGGUGGACUUUGGGGGGAAAGAUCCGGCAAGUUGGAUCUGACAGAUCGUAAACACCAUUGUUCACGUUCUUGACUGUUAUGUGUUUAGUUGUGUAUAUAUCUUGUCUGCAUUACAGCACGUGGCUGUUUCAUUUUAUGGAUCGGUCUUUUUAUCACCGUUUUAUAUCAAAUAUUUUCAUUAUUUAUAAGUGAUUAUUUCUCUCGAUCUUUGAUAAAUCAAUUUAAUUUCAUUUUUGAUGAAUUACAAAAACUAAUUGUGUGACUAAUUUAAAUUAUAGUUGUGAGUCGAAGAUCAAUAACAAAAAUUUUUUAUGGUCUAUGUCUAGUAAAUUUUUAAUUACUAGUUAAUUUUCUUAUCAUCUUUAUGUAAUAGACAAUCAUUCACAUUAACGUACUUAUUGUCGAGUAAUUAUAUAUUUUUUUUUGUCACAAUACGUCUCUUAUAUUUAAUCAGAAGGAAUAGAACAUAAGAUAUCAAAGAGUGUAAAAAUUAAAUCUCGAGGGUUGAUUUCAAAAUCAUCACAUAAAGUUAUGGAGUUUGUAAGAGAGGAAUGAUAGGAUGCAAGAGGGUAGCACCGCCGUGGCGCUAGCAAUGGUGACUCCUGGCUACGAUCAGGACCCUGCAAGUGGGGUUGCCGAUUAUACAACGCACCAAGAUCAAGCUCAAUUUGAAGCUGAUAAAAGAGCUGUAUAUAAACAUCCUUUAUUCCCACUACUGGCGUUACUUUUCGAAAGAUGCGAACAAGCAACACAGAGUUCGGACAACUCAACGUCCGAAAGUUUCAACAUGGACAUACAGGCUUUUGUCCAGCACCAAGAAAGAGACCGAAAGCCUUUUUUAAUCAAUGACCCAGAGAUUGACGGUUUGAUGAUCAAAGCCAUCCAGGUCUUGCGGAUUCAUCUGUUAGAAUUGGAGAAGGUUCAAGAAUUGUGCAAGGACUUUUGCAACAGGUAUAUUGGUUGUCUCAAGAGCAAAAUGCAAAGCGAAAAUUUAUUACGAAGCGAUUACAGUCAUCACGGACACGACAUCGGUCCAUCAAGUGGCAGCAACGGCAGCAGUCCACUGCAGGUGCUGUCAUCUACAGGCAAUGAUGUUGAGCCGGGAACUAACGGACUCGGAGUGAGCAGAGGAGACACACUGUCGGAGAACGGCAGCACGAGCCAGGAAAUCGUCCAGGUCGAGGGCAUCAUCGAGAGGCCUUCAUCCGCCCGAUCUUCAUCCGUUGCUCAACGUUCUACCAGAUCUGACAGUCAGGACCAGGAUGAUCCCCUGUCACCCUCUACCGUACAUGGUAGUACACCUCUCUCUAAAAUUGGAGCACAUCCUUGCGCUUCUGUUAACGAUAUUUAUCUUGGUCAAGAUAUUACCGUUCCAGGAUCGCCUUCUUCCGUGCCAAGUGACGAUGAAGAUGAGGGAUGUGGAUCUACACCCUCAAACCAUACUGGUGGUCGUGGAAGUAAUCGAAAGGGUAGACAAAAGCGUGGCGUACUACCUAAACAAGCCACUAGCAUCAUGCGUGCUUGGCUAUUUCAACAUUUAGUCCAUCCGUAUCCUACGGAAGAUGAGAAACGUCAAAUAGCAAGUCAAACAAAUUUAACGUUACUUCAAGUGAAUAAUUGGUUCAUAAACGCGCGACGACGUAUUCUCCAGCCAAUGUUAGAUGGAGCAGGUGCUGAAGCUCUUCCACGUUCUGGUAAACGGCACAAAGUUAUGAAACAUGUUGUACAACCGCAACACCAGCUACAGCAUCAGCAGCAGCAACAGCAACUGGGUGGUUGGCAAUCAGAGGAUUCGGGAAGUGACUCAGGUUCUAGCGAUGGUGAUGGAGGUGCCGAUAGAUUUAAAGAGGACAAUGAUACCGAUGAGGAUGAUCUUCACUGACCUUCGUCAUUAAUAAAUAUGUCGUCAAUCUCUCUAUGGUACCUUCGAACCAAGUUGCUCACUACAGUAUUAAGGUAUUCGAGGUUAGAUAACGCUUUAACUGUCAAAUACGUAAUUAACCACGUAAAUAUCAGAGAUACGUCGCUAGAAAUUAUCACGCUCUUGUACCGGCUAAUAUUAAUAAUAAUAAUAAUAAUAAUCUCUCAUCAAUUAAUUUAUUUAAUCAAGUAAUUCAUAUGAUAUUUAUAAUAAUUAUUUAGAUUAAAUAUAAUUUUUAUAAUAAUAAAUACUUUAGUUUAAAAAAAACAAUAGCCGGAUUAUUUUUAUUAUUAAACAUCAAUCAAUCAAUUGAUGAAAUCAAUAAUAAAAUAAAUUUUUUUAAAUUUAAAUAAUGUGCCAUCGUUAGAGAGCGCGAUAACUUUCACGCGUAGUCUGAUCAGCUCUGCAUCGUCGUGACUUAGCAAAGUGCUGUCCCUCCAAGAUAAUAAUAAUAAUAAUAAUAAUAAUAAUAAUAUUAAUAUAACACUUCUUAAAUAAAAAUAUAUUACAAUUAUAUUUUUAAACUCUAAGGUUCGUCUCUGUGCAUGUACCGCAGCCAAUAAGCCUCGGUACUGCUGUACAUAUACCAUACUGAGCAGUUAUUAAAAUUAUAAAUUACUUAAUAAUGAUAAAUUUUUAAGAUUUAAAAUAAUGGUAAUUCAAUUUUAAAUAAUUGCAUAAACGUUAUAUUGAUAAAAUAAUACUUUUUUCUUGCAAUUCUAAUAACAUUUUUGACAUGACAUACGCACGCGCCACUUGUAGUUUAUAAGAAUUAAUUGUCUAAAUAUCUUCAUUAAAUAUUAUGAUAAUAAUCCAUUAUCAUUAAAAUAACUUAUAUAUUGUACAUUUAAAAAGAGAACGAAGACAAUUGAGUGAUUUAAUUGACUAACGCUUCCACAUUAAUUAUUUAUAUUUAUUUUGUCUUCGCAUAAUAGUUCCGUCCAUUGCGGCUUAACUUCCACUACUCCUCAAUAUAAAUAUUUUUUAUUUACAUUUAUUAUUAUUAUAUUUAUUAUAUAUUCCAAAAUCCGAACGUUCGUUAAAACAAAUAUUUUUUAAAUUAUCUUUCAGUAACGAAAAACUUAAAAAACUCAAAUAUUGUUCAAAAUUUAUUAACAAUGUAUAAUAAUAACAAUAUGACAAUUCCUCGUUCUAAAUAUUAUUUAAUAAAUUACAUUAAAGAACGUUCGAGAGUAAAUUAUGUAAAUCUCUAUGUAAUUAUAUCUUCCAAAAUGUAUUAAUUAGAAAUGUACGUGCAAUACUUUUAUUUUCUAUCUAAACAAAAAAAAAAAAAAUGCCAUCUGGCUGUAAAAUAACAAUUUCAAAGAAAUAGUAUUGCCGAUAAGAGACAGCUGAUUGUGCAAAUGCACAUAAUAUCGAAUACAAUAAAAAAAAAAUUGUAUGACAACGAAUUGAUCUAAAAUAAAUGAUCUCGUCUAUUUAAAAAUAUACCUGUGGCGUGUAUGUACGUGCUCAAAUUAAAUUUUAAAUUUAAUGACGAAUGUUUGAUAUAAAAAAUAAUAUAAUUUUUAAGGCUGAAUCACGUAUACGUAUGUGCUGCGGCACCAGACGACUGUGAUAACUCGGUGGGCGGUGCCCAGCCUCCUAAUUCUUACUACUUAAUUCACGAUCAAAAUAUCCCAAUAAAAUAAAUUUACGUUGAUGAAUGCACAGCGUUGACUGAUGAUGAUAAUGUGAAAAACUGUUGUUAC